AACGGGUUACUCGCUAGUCACGGGUAAGGCAGAAGCUCGACAGCUAGGCGUGAGAAGGAAGGAAUCAUGAGUAGUAGAAGGAGCAUGAAGGGUGAAGCUCGCGGCGCCGUGGCAGCGACAGCAGGCGGUGAACAAGCAGGAAAGAAUCCGUUUCAGUGUGUCCUUGACAAGGAGAACAGGCCCGACGACAACAGAGAUAUGGGCAAGCGCGAGGGGCGGCCAGGGGAGGCAGCGGCGGUGAAGCAAGCGGUACUCAAGGGCAACAAUAUCAACAACAACACCUCGCCCGCCGAGGGGGCGCAGCGCGUAAGGACCAACACCCCGCCUAGCGGAGGUCCACAGCGCGUCAAGCUCAAGCAACCCCGGGGAGAUGCAGGGGGCGGCGACAGCGGCAACAGCAGUAGGAAUAGCAGCACCGGCAGCACCGGCAGCGUGGGAACUACGGCCCGGAAGGGCAAGCACUGGACCGUCUCCGACUUUGAGAUAGGCUGUCCUCUGGGGAGGGGAAAGUUCGGCUCGGUGUACUUGGCAAGGGAGAAGAGGACGCGCUACAUCGUGGCUAUCAAGGUCUUGCAGAAGAAGCAGCUCCUCAAGGCCGGGGUGGAGCACCAGCUUCGCCGAGAGAUCGAGAUCCAGUCCCACCUGAGGCAUCGGAAUAUCUUGCGAUUGUUCGGCUACUUCUACGACGAGAAGCGGAUCUACCUCAUCCUUGAGUUCGCCCCGGGGGGAGAGCUGUACAAGACUUUGCAGAAGGGCCGAUUCAGCGAGGCCAAGGGGGCCCGGUACGUGCUGGACGUUGCUCAGGCCCUGGCCCACUGCCACAAGAAGAACGUCAUCCACAGAGACCUCAAGCCCGAGAACCUUCUCAUUGGUUCGACCGGGGGACUGAAGCUCGCCGAUUUCGGGUGGAGCGUCCACGCCCCCAACUCGCGGCGCAACACUUUGUGCGGCACCCUGGAUUACCUUCCCCCAGAGAUGAUCGAGGGGAGGGAGCACGACAGCUCCACGGACAUCUGGUCCCUGGGGGUUCUCGCCUACGAGUUCAUCGUCGGCGUGCCUCCCUUUGAGGCAGAGGGUCACCAAGCCACCUACCGCCGCAUCUCGAGGGUGGACAUUCGUUGGCCAAGCGCGCUGAACGUCAGUGACGAGGCGAAGGAUCUGGUCACCAAGCUCCUCCGGAAGGAGCCGCAGAAGCGCCUUCCUCUUGAAGAGGUUGCAUCCCACCCCUGGAUCCGAAGGCACUGCGGCGACAGGACUUCUUCCGUCGGCGGGAGCGCGGCUGGGAGUUUCAAACGAAAGGCGGUGCCUGUUUAGCACUCUCCCGGUGCGACCCAUCUACAUGGCUGCUUCCACCCCCCCUGUACAUGUAGUUGUGUUUCCACACUCACCUCCGAAAAAUUGUUGCCAACAGCCGGGUGUAGAGGCGGGGCCGCCGCCGAAAUUGUUUUGAUUCGUCGGGACGUGCACGAGGUGGGUGUGCUUUGCUGCGUUAGUAUUUCCUGCGUGAGUACCUACCCCCAACGCUUGUUUUAGCGAACAGAGCGCACUCGCCGGGGGAUGGUUUUGUUUUCGAACUCGUAGUUGUGGCCCGAACUCUUCUACACGAGUAGUACGAACCCUUGGUGAAGUUGUUGGAGUGUUCCCGGCGUGCUCGACGUUUUUGCAAAGCGACGCUCGGUGUUCAGGCAGGCCUCACCAAGCCGAGGAAUCAAUGCACGAAAGAGAGAGUUCGCUCUGAGGCCUUAAGGAGCUUAGGAAACCGUUUCGUGAACGCGAGUGUGGUUGUAGCCGCCAUGAGAUGUUGGCUGUUAACGUCUGUAGACAAAGAUUGCAGAAUAGCGAUGGUGCUGCGCCGUUGCUGAAUAUCCGUCUGAGAGCGCAGAAGCGCAGAAAACGAGUGGAUAUUGUUGUACCGCAAGCAGGCAAACGCAAUGUCUUGUGGCCGCAGCCGCCGCUGAAAGUGCGUACGAUCUGUCUCCGGCUCGAUUGGCUCAUCCCCCCACCCACACACCCCGCGGUAUCCCUACGUGUUUGGGUUCUGGAUGGAUUGAGAGCGUCAGCCUGACGGAAGAGUUACCACAUUCGUGAAUAUAUACUGGCGGCGUGCAUGUUAUACGGCGUCAGGGUUUGUUUGGUGCUUGGUUUGUUGCUCGCGAUCUGGUUAGACCCACACCGUUGUGGUCAGAGAUGGUUGAAUCGCCUGUUGUAUAUGUACUGCUGUCGGCGUGCUCUGUCGAACACGAAGAAGCGAACCGGGAGUCUGGACUUUGGUCUGACGGGCGUGCCGGACGCACGCACAAGAAGAAGUUGUUGAUGUUGAUUCUUUUAGCGGGCGCCGAAGUUAGAGCCACAACAGCGAUCAAGGACAAUAUCAGAGGAGCCACGGCAGGUAGGGGGUUGGUUGCCUGCCUGGUGUGCUGGCGGCACGGUAGUUCGUGUGGUUUGGUGGGUGACAAGCGCUCCGCUCCCACUUUGCACCAUACCGCAGCAUGCUCCUUACGGAUGCAGAUGAUAGAGGACAGACAGACCCAAACGGCGGUGGUGGUACCGGUACUUCUGCAGAAAAGAAAGGAACGAAGAAUAAAAGGCGUGAAAUGGAGA